AUGAUAAAAGUUUCUUCUCUGAAAAGGGCGGAGCAACGACGGCGGCUGAUCGGCCUCUGCCGUGCCAGAUUCCAUCUCUUCUCCGCCAUCUCCGUCGGAGCUAUCUUCUUCACCUACAUAAUAAAAACAGAUCGAUUCACUUCCGAUAUUUCCAUUCAUUCUGCACCAAUAACCAUAACCCCAUUUCAUCCUCAUGUGUUCAACAAUCAUACCUUCAUCGUACGACAAAUAAAGUUGACUUCGUAUUCGAUACCUAAGGAAGUUGCUCCAGAAACUGAGUUAGAAGAUGAUCGUAGUCCGUUGGUUCAGCCCAUUAAUCUGACCAAAGAACAAAGGAUCAGUGGGUUCAAAGACAUUCUUCCAAAAUUCGAUAUUCUCAAGUCAACAAGGCUGGCUCGAAGAUUCCACAAACGGGCACAAUAUUUCUUUAAAGAUAGUUGCAAGAUUCGGUUCUUUAUGACGUGGAUAUCAUCAUCUUCAUCUACUGUUUUUGGAGAUAGAGAAUUUCUUGCUGUAGAUGCUUUGUUUAAGUCGAAUCCAGACAGCUGUUUGAUGAUACUUUCAAACACUAUGGACUCAGUUCACGGGUUCCGAAUCUUGAAACACUUGACUGAUCGUGGGUAUCGAGUUCAAGCCAUAACACCGGACUUAGAUUUCUUGUUCAAGAACACACCAGCGCAAUCUUGGCUCCAUCAAAUCAAGAAUGGGAAAAGAGACCCUGGUAAGAUCCCUUUAGCACAAAACCUGUCGAAUUUGAUCAGACUGGCGAUUCUUUACAAGUAUGGAGGCGUUUAUUUGGACACAGAUUUUGUCAUUUUGAAAGAUUUUAGCAGUCUGAAGAACUCAAUUGGAGCACAAAGUGCAACCCCAUCUGGAAACUGGACUAGACUGAAUAACGCAGUAUUGAUCUUUGACAAAAACCAUGAUUUGUUAUACAAAUUCAUGGAGGAAUUUGCAUCAACCUUUAAUGGUAACAGAUGGGGUUACAACGGACCUUAUCUUGUAUCUAGAGUGGUGGAAAGAGAAGAAACAACAGUUCUCAAGUUGAAUUUUAGGGUUUUACCUCCAAUGGCGUUUUAUCCGGUUGAUUGGGUACAUGUUGGAGGGUUUUUUACACCUCCGACGAAUCGGGUUCACCGGAGAUGGGUUGAAGCCAAGAUGGGUCAACUAAGCAAGUCAACUUAUGGAGUUCACCUGUGGAACAAGCAAAGUAGCAGAUUUAAGAUAGAAGAAGGAAGCAUCAUGGCUAGACUGAUUGCUAAUCAUUGUGUCAUCUGCAAUAUAAAAUAACAAAAGCUUUUCGACGGUUACGAUCUGUUCGUUUAAAUGGUUAAAAAAUGUUACAAAAUACAUCGGUAAAAUUUUCAUUUUAUUUAUGUAUAUCAGAAAAUGGAUAUGUACGUAUUACAUGUAUAUAUGAACAUAUCAUACUUUUAUGC